GGAUCGCGUCACUGAUAAAACUCGAAACGGCGGAGAUCAGCGACCGAAAAGAAACGGCGAUCAUCCGAUUAAAAACGUAACCGAAGGGAACACGAUGGUGCUGUGGGAGAUAACGCUGGGAACAGCCUACUUCUUGGGGCUGAGGCGGACUUAUAGGCUCGCCUUGAAGAUCCAACGUCGGGUUGUUGGUCCCAAGCAUCCAAAAAUCCGUCAGUUUCUUCAUCGGAGGACUCGUAAAAUCUUCGAUGUGGCAGUUUCGGUUCACAAGAACAUACAGCAGAGAGACAUUGAAGUUGGUCGGAAUCUCGGCAACUGGAUUCUCCGUUGGCUCGACCGGAUUAAACCAGCUGCUCAGAUCCGUACUCGACCUGAACCAAACUCCAACGUCGGCAAGGCAAAAAGGCUAUCGGAUUCGGCUCGUCCCAGAUCAAACACGACGCAGAGUCCACCGAAACGUGAAUCCGAUAGGCAUUUGUUCUCUUCGCUGAAACACUUCCAGCACAGGCCUUUCCCGACGAUGAUCCAGCCUCCUAGACCUAAUGGAAUUACUACUCAGUACAGACAUUACAGCGCCGGUGUAGCCGCCAGUCUGAUUUCUCCGAGCUAUGUAAGAGGCAGCGGGUUCGUUGGUGUAAUCAGGAAGGACAUUUUGCAGUGGAUGUUACAGAGAUGACGACCAAGCAGAAAAAUCCCCAACAUCUUUUCUUUUAACGACAUAGUUUAGCACCUUUGUACUUGUUAAUUCCAGAAACUAAUGUGAUUGUGGAUCGUUUCGGAAGUAUGUCUCAACCUCUUUCAUCGUCAAGAAUCUGCGACCAAUGAUGUAAAGUUUCCAAGUGUGAAUAACGAUCACUUUGCCAGCA